AUGUUCAAGUACGUUUCGCAACUGAAGCUGGGUGGAAAUGUUUCCACGCACUCCGUGCAGCAGGAAGACAAAGAGGACUCGUUGCAGGAGGAGAAUCAGUACACGACGGAGCCAGACCAGGGCUCCAAAAGGCUGGGGGUUCUCUCGUGCAUCGGCCUCAUCUGCAACCGGAUGCUGGGGACCGGGGUUUUCGCCGUCUCAUCGACUAUCUACACAUUAAGCGGGUCAAUAGGGCUGGCACUGAUUAUGUGGGCUGUGGGCGCAAUCAUCGCCAUUUCUGGUCUGUACGUGUAUCUGGAGUUUGGAAGUGCGAUUCCACGUAACGGUGGUGAAAAGAAUUACCUCGAGCAUAUUUUCAAGAAACCGCGGUUUUUCGUCAUCUCCAUGUACGCAUCGUACGUAUUUUUCCUCGGUUGGGCUGCUAGCAACUCCGUGAACGCAGCAGUCAUGUUCCUGACAGCAGCGGAUGCGGAAAUCACCACUUGGAAACAAAGAGGCGUAGCGCUUGGAAUUCUAUCAUUCUGUUUCCUCAUCAAUGCUGUGAACGUCAAGAUCGGGCUUUACAUUCAAAACCUACUCGGAAUUUUCAAGAUCGGUAUCGUGAUAUUCAUUAGCAUCACUGGAUGGGUUGUGCUCGGAUCAAACAAGUCGUACAAGACCGAUAAUUUUCACAACGCAUUCGAGGGAACCGAAAACGCAACGGCUUACGGUGUGGUCAACGCUCUUUACAAUGUCAUUUGGUCUUUCGUCGGCUAUUCUAAUGUCAACUACGCUCUAGGAGAAGUGAAGAACCCAAUUAAAACUUUGAAGAUCGCAGGACCUACAUCGAUGAUAUUCUUGGCCAUCAUCUACAUUUUUGUGAAUAUCGCCUAUUUCGCAGUCGUCCCUAAGGAGAAACUGAUAUCCUCCAAGCUUAUUUUGGCUGCCGAUUUUUUUGACAUCGUAUUUGGUGGGCAGGCUAAGAAAGCUGCCUCCGUCAUUGUAGGACUCAGUGCCGUUGGUAAUGUUAUGUCUGUGAUCUUUUCACAAGGAAGAAUCAUACAACAAUUGGGCCGUGAAGGUGUCCUUCCAUUCUCAAAUUUCUUCGCCUCGUCGAAGCCUUUUGAUUCUCCUCUAGUAGGGCUUCUACAGCAUUUUAUCGUGUGCGUGGUUACUAUAAUCGCACCACCUCCAGGUGAUGCUUACAAUUUUAUAUUGAACUUGAUCUCCUACCCUAUGAAUGUGAUCAAUCUAGCAGUUAGCGCUGGCCUACUGUGGCUCUACUGGCAACGUCGCCAAGGCAAAAUAACGUGGAAUCCUCCGAUCAAGGCAGGCGUUGUGGUGACCACUUUCUUUAUGCUUUCGAAUGUUUACCUCGUUGUGGCUCCAUACAUCCCUCCAACGACAGGUGGCGAAACGGUGUACAAAUCUCUACCGUAUUGGACUCAUUGUGUUGUAACGUGGGGAAUAUUCGCCAUUGGCGCCCUUUACUGGCUAACAUGGGCUCAUAUUUUACCUAAGAUUGGUAAUUAUGAGUUAGUUGAUAUUGAGUUACUCGGCGACGAUGGGUUUUGGAGAAAGAAGAUUAUAAAAAAGCAGCUGGGCGAUCUGGAUUCCGCGUCUGACUCUCUUUCUUUAGGGAAAUUCGCGUCUGGUAAUAAGACUCAUUCGGAUCAGGGAUUUUAA